CGAGGGUGCCCCCAUAUCCCUGAGGGGUCCCUGCCCCGAGGGUGCCCCCGAUUCCUGCUGGGGUCCCUGCCCAGAGGGUGCCCCCCUUUCCUGCCUGGGUCUGUGCCCAGAGGGUGCCCCCUUUUCCUGUCGGGUGCCCCCAUAUCCUUGAGGGGUCUGUGCCCCGAGGGUGCCCCCGUGUCCUGCCGGGGUCUGUGCCCCGAGGGUGCCCCCAUAUCCCUGAGGAGUCCGUGCCCCGAGGGUGCCCCGAUUCCUGCCCGGGGCAGGGCCCCCCGCUGCUGUUGGGGUGCUGCUCCUCCCGCAGUGCCCGGCUCCCAGCCCGGCCCGGCCGGAGCCCGGGGGAGCGAGCCCGAGCCUGCCCCGCCCGGACAGGUCGGGCCGGUCCCGGGGCCGUGGGAGGCGCACGGCGCUCAUGGCCGAGCCUCGGCGGAGCCUCCCGGGCCCCUCUGCCGGGCUCGGGCCGGUGCUGGGGGCGCUCCGGGCCGGGCUGCGGCGCUGGGCCCGGCGGCUCUGCUGGGCCGGGCUCCUGCUGCUCUACUCGGGCUGGCCGCGCUGCCUCACCCCCCCUCUGCGCUACAGGCUGCUCUUCGGGAUGCUCUACCCGGCCUACGCCUCCUACAAGGCUGUGAAGACGAAAAACAUCCGGGAAUACGUCCGGUGGAUGAUGUACUGGAUCGUCUUCGCUCUCUUCAUGGCCGCAGAGACCUUCACCGACCUCCUCAUCUCCUGGCUCCCCUUCUACUACGAGGUGAAGAUGGCUUUUGUCAUCUGGCUGCUGUCCCCGUACACGCGGGGGGCCAGCCUGCUCUACCGCCGCUUCGUGCACCCCGCGCUGGCCCGCAGGGAGAAGGACAUCGACGCCUUCCUGGUGCGGGCCCGCGAGCGCGGCUACGAGACCGCGCUGCGCUUCGGCAAGAGGGGCCUCAACCUGGCGGCCAGCGCCGCCGUGCAGGCGGCCACCAAGAGCCAGGGCGCGCUGGCCGGGCGGCUCCGCAGCUUCAGCAUGCAGGACCUGCGCUCGCUGCCCGAGCAGGCGCCCGUGCACUUCCAGGACCCGCUGUACCUGGAGGGGCAGGAGGGCCUCCAGCAGCCCCUGGGUGAGCAGCUGGGGGGUCACAGAGAGGGGGGGCCCAGCAAAGCCCACGGUGGCCGUGCUGGGGGUGGCACGUCCCCUCUGUCCCCAGCCUACGGCGCCGGCCUCCGCUACGAGAGCGAGUCGGACGACGAGGAGCUGUGGUCGGACUCGCAGGUGUCCCCCUCGGUGUCCCCACGCCGGGAUCCCAGACCCCUGUCCCGCAGCCAGAGCCUGAGAACCCUGAGGAAGAACCCGGGAAAAGAGGGCUCUUCCCGGCUCCUGCGCAGCCGGGCCAGGAGGAGAGCGGCUCUGUCGGAGCAGGACAGCUGAAAAUGCCAGGAAACCUCUGCCCCGAGGCUGCAGAGGAAUUUGCUGCUGCGGCAUCAGGAGGGAGCUGUGGCUCCUUGCGUCCCCGGGGAGGCUCCUUGCGUCCCCAGGGUGGCUCCUUGUGUUCCCGGGGAGGCUCCUGCACCCUGGGAUCCUCACGCUGUAAAUCCCUUCCGUGUGGCCGCUCGAGGAGGGGGGAGCAGCUCAUCCCCAGACCCCCCAGCUCGGCGCUGGCGCCUCCCCUGUGGGGUCUGGCCCCUCCUUUUCCCCCAUGCCAUGAACACUACAGGCUCCCCCCCUCUCCUGCUGCCAUGGUGCCUUGUUCACAACAUUCCCGUUCUCCGGAGUGGAUGUGCCUUGUCCCUCUGAAGCCAAAGCCAUGGUCCCUGCCGGGCCCCCCAGACACAGACUGACACCCCCAUACUUGAGCCCAGAGCUCUGGGCAGCACACAGCUUUUAACAUUCCCCUCUCCCAGAAAGAGGGUUUUGUACCUGGAGAAAUAAAUGUUUGGUUCAGACUUUGGGAAGCAGGAGUUGUCCCCGGUGCUGUCCCCUUCCACAGCCUGAGAUUGGUUUUUCUGUUGGAGGAAGCUCUGGAAUCCAUCUGAGACUCCCCCAGGGCCUGUCCCAGUGUUUCCAUCCAUCUUCCAGGAUCCCGGGUACAGUCCCAGACUCUUCCAGGAAAGCUUCCUGAGAUUUUUUGCUUUGGAGGAAGCUGUACCCUCAUGGAUCCAUCCAAGACUCCCUCCAGGCAUCUCCCAGAGCCUUUCCCCCACAUUUCAGGUUCCAGAAUCCCAGACAGCAUCCCUCACCUCCUCCAGGGAUGCUUCCCGAGACCAUUUUCUCAUUUGGAAGCAACUCCAUCCUUGGCAAUCCCAGCCCGUGCUCCUCACGGCAAUCUCCCGGGGUGUUUUACCACCGGUGCCAUUCCCAAACUUCCCGGGGCUCCCUGCAGUAGCCGCGUCCCCCGCGGCGUGGCAGCAGCAGCCGGACAUCCCGGCCCGUCCCCUCUCCCUGCCCCAUCCCGCCGGCAAUCCCGGCUCCUUCCCGGGGGCUCAUCCCCGCCGGGCCGGGUGCCACGGCGCGGGUGGCACAAGGUGCCUCUGCGGCCCGCCCCUGUCCCGCGGUGCCCCCGCUCCCUGGCAUCAAUCCCCUCGCUCCCAAUCCCGCUGCCCUCGCCCGGGGCCAGCGGUAUUUUUAGCGCUCGGCUGCCGCCGGUCGCGGGGGUCUCCCGGGGGCAGCGGCAGCGGCCGGGCCGGGCUCCGCGGGGCAGCCCGGGCCGGGCAGGGGUGUUGGAGCAGCUUAGGUGGAGGUGGCUGGAUUAGCCCCGCCGAACUGCCUGCGAGACGAUUACUUAAAGCAGCGAGGAGGAAGGCUGGGUGGGGACAGCGAGGGCCAGGGGGCUGCUGUAAUCCCCCUAAAGCCGCUUAGGCAGCGCGGUUCCUCCAAGGAUACGGCCCGGGGAGGCUCUGGGGCCACCUGGGGGUCAAAGGGGGGGUUCUUGAGUGUUGGGGUGCUCCCAGGUGGGCUCACGGCAGCGUUGGAGCCUCGGUGUCGCAUCCCCGGGGUGCGGGGUCAGGGAUUCCCGGCUUGGGGAAACUGAGGCACGACACCAGUGCCUUCCCAGGGGGGAAAAGCGGGGUGCUGGGAAGGGACAAGGAGUUGUGGUGCCCUGCUUUGGUAAACCCGUGUGUCCCCCGGGGGCUGAAACUCAAGGAGGGGACAGGAGGUGGGCGGGGUGGCACAGCCCGUCCCCCCGGGCCGCGGCAGCUGCGGCGGUGCCAGCGCUGAUCCCAGCUGUGUCAGCGCACGGGCCGGUGCCAGGCUGCAUCAGCAGAGCCCUAAUCCCCCGCGGCUCGCCUGGCACCGCCCCAGCACAGCAGUUUAAGCGCCUGACCUGAGCUCGCCCGCUGCCACCGUCCCCUGCCGGGAGGGGCUGCCGGGCUGAGCCCCGGCUGGCACCGCUCUGGGGACCCCCUGUACCCCCCCGGGCAGGGUUUGGGUGGCUGGAGUGGGGGGACAGCGGGGUGUGGGAGGUGACAUCGUCGAGGGCGCUUGGGGGCUGCGUUCCCAGCGGGCUCAGGGAGGGGAUUGUCCCCCUGUGCUCCGCUCAGGUGAGACCCCACCUGCAGCUCGGGGGUCCCCAAUACCGGAGGGACGUGGAGCUGCUGGAGUCAGUCCAGAGGAGGCCACGGAGAUGCUCCGGAACUGGAGCCCUUCUCGAGCCAGGAUCCGGCCUGCCCGGGACGGCGCUGAGCACCACAUGAGUGUCGGAGCAGCAUGGCCAGCGACGCGAGGAUGGGGGAGACCCCGGCGCGGUGGAGAAGAGCCCCGGAGGCAGCGCAGGACUCCCGGGGGAUGGAGAGCAGCGGGAUGCUUUUAUCCCGGAGCGCCGCUGCCGAGCUGGGACUCCCGGGCUACCCGGAGCCCGGCAAGCUGAGCUACGCCACGGAGAAAGGAUGUCCCUGGAGGGGCUCCGAAGGAUGUUUGGGACCCGUCCGGGAGCUCGCCGGCGGC